AUGAGAGAGGAAGAUCUAGAGGACAUCAGGAGAGUCUAUAAAAGACACGGAGAAGCCCUGGACAUGGCCAGAAUAACGAAUGGGGCAAGUCAUGUCUUCAAAUAUGUUAUGGACAUUCCCUCAUCUUUGCUCGGCUAUCCAGAAGUAAAGCAUCUCCGCCUUUUAGCGAAAGAGAAGAUUAACCAGAUUGUGAGUGAGAUCAGAAGCCGUCAUAAUGAAGGGGAUACAGAUUCUGAAAGAACCUUGGAAUGGAUGUCGGCCAUGAAGAAUAUUAGAAAGGUUCAUUCGGCAAUUACGAGUUAUGAAUCUGCCCGCAUAGCAUUUUGUAGAAAGAUCAGCAUAAUAUGCGCUAGAGAGCUGAGGAGAGGACUUUCAAAGACAUCCAGGACCAAUCCUAUACUAAAGUCAAAAAGGAUUUAUAGAGAGCUGUUUGGACACAUCAAGAAAGCUGAAAGAAGCAUAAAGGAUAGAUCCAAAAAGGCGGAGAAGGAGGAAAUGGAAAGAAAGAAGAAAGAAAUGGAGGAAAAGGAAGAAUUAAGGCAGAAGAGAAAGUUUGAAUAUCUUUUAAGCCAAACAGAGCUCUUCUCUCAUUUCAUACUGAAAAAAAAUAAAUGCAGUCAUCUCCCAGUGGUUAAGGAACUAGAGGAGGGGGAGAUUGAAGAAUAUGAUAAGAUGAAGGGGUAUGAAGCUGCUAUGCUUCAAAAGGAAAAGCUGAAGGAGUUUGGGUUGGCCAGACCAGAAAAGAAGUUUAAAUAUGGAGGGGAGAGUGGAGAAGCAGCAAUCCGAUAUGUAUCACAGCCAAAGAUUCUAAAGUGUACUUUAAAAGAGUAUCAGAUUAAGGGGUUGAACUGGCUUGUAAGUUUGUACGACAAGGGAAUUAAUGGAAUCCUUGCAGAUGACAUGGGAUUGGGUAAAACUGUUCAAUCGAUUUCUCUAUUGGCUUAUCUUUACGAGACGGAAGAGAUUCCUGGGCCAUUUCUUGUAGUUACUAUUUCAUCAACGCUUGAUAACUGGGCUCAGGAAUUUUCAAGGUUUCUCCCUAGCUUCAAAGUUUGUCGGUUUUCUGGGUCUCCAAGUGAAAGAAAAGAGCUGAAAAAGCGUUUCAAGGAUUCAGAUGUUGUUAUCACUACAUAUCAGACAGCCGUUAGCGAUGAAAAGAUGCUAAAAAAAAUAAAAUGGCAAUACAUGAUUCUUGAUGAAGCGCAGGCAAUCAAGAGCAGUAUGUCACGAAGAUGGAAGACUCUUUUGAGCUUCAAGGCAAGAAAUAGGCUUCUUCUAACAGGAACACCAAUACAAAACUCUAUGCAAGAGCUGUGGGCUCUUCUUCACUUCAUAAUGCCUACUUUAUUUGAUUCCCUCAGUGAGUUUAGUGAUUGGUUUAGCAAGGAAAUAGAAACAUCAGCAACAAUGAAGAAAACAGUUGAUGAAAAGUCCCUGCAAAGACUUCAUACAAUCCUGAAGCCUUUUAUGCUUCGAAGACAUAAAUCUGAUGUUAUUCAUGAAUUGGGGCAAAAGACACAAAUCGAUUUAUAUUGCAGUUUGAGCUAUCGGCAAAAGGUUUUAUAUAAAGAGAUUACAAGAUCUUGUUCAAGUAUGGAGAUGGAGAACCUACUUAUGCAGCUGAAGAAAGUUUGCAAUCACCCUGACCUGUUCAAGAAAUUGGAGCCUACUUGCGGAUUGAGCCUUGAAGUUAAUGAUGGGAUGGGGGAUGGGGUUUGGUUUGGAAGGAGCAAAAUGGAUAUUAAGAUUCCUAGUCUUGUUGCAAGAGAUGCAUUUGAAGUAUUCCGUAGAAAAGAGUGCGAGUUAAUGGAAAGGAUCAAUUAUCUACGAGAAGUUACCUGUGAGAAUGGAUUUUUGGGAUGGUAUCUAAGGGGAAGUUUAGACUUCAAGUAUGGAGGCCACAUCUUUAGAAGUGUUGAGGAGGUUGGUAGAAUCAUUUUGAAGAACAGAGAGAAUCUAGGUCAUAAUGACUUGAUAAAGAGAUUAAGAAUGUCAAUAGCCGAAGAGAUCUGGUGUUUAAGGAAAUAUGCUUGCUGUAUAAGCCCAGUUGUAGCAACUGCCCCUAGAUUAAUUUCAAAUGAAGUUGAGCUUCCGGGAAUAGAUCUGGAGAAUGUGUAUAUUCCGCUCAGUACAACUAUUUAUGUCCCUCCGCUAAAUACCUUUAUAGGGGACAGUGGGAAAAUGGUUGUUCUAGACGAGUUACUCCCAAGGCUCAGGGUAGAAGGGCAUAGAUUACUAAUUUACUUUCAGAUGACAAGAAUGAUAGAUCUCAUAGAAGAUUAUCUUGUGAGAAAAGGGUAUACCUAUUUGAGGCUUGACGGAAGCUUGAAGGCAUCUGUUCGAGCAGAGGUUAUUAAGGAUUGGCAGACAGGCGACAAGUUUAUUUUCUUAUUGAGCACACGUGCUGGAGGGCUAGGGAUAAACUUAACUGCGGCAGACACGGUUAUCUUCUAUGACAGUGAUUGGAAUCCUACAGCAGAUCAGCAGGCAAUGGACAGAGCACAUAGACUGGGACAGACAAGAGAUGUAACUGUGUACAGACUCAUCACAAGAGGGACGGUUGAGGAAAAAGUUCUGGAAAGUGCUAAUAGGAAGGAUGAGAUACAGAAGAUGGUUAUUCAUGGAAACAUAUUUGAGGGAGAGAAUUUUUGA